AUGACAACUCAGAAAUGUGCGUAUGGAUAUGGUACUGGUAUUCUAAUUGGAAAGAAAUAUGUCAUCACAGUCAAGCAUGUAGCUAUGCCAGCAGAUUUUAUCAAAAACCAAAACUCGAUUCCAGUAUUUCAGGACAAGACACCAGUAUCUUAUUAUAUUGGCCUCAACCACCCAACCACAAGAUGGGCAAUGGCCCGACUUUUGGGUCUCUCCAACGAUCACGACUUGGCAUUAUUGGAAAUCAUUGACAAUGAUGUCCCUGAUCUCUCAAUUUUGUCAACUCCAUUGUUGGGAGAGGUUUGUGAAACCCAGGAUGUAUUGACCCGUAGUUUCCCUAGAAAUAUUCUUUCGGUUUCGGGAACAUAUCUUAUGAAUCCGGGUCUCCCUACCAUUCCAACUCCCAUCCAAUGUACAAAGAGGGGAUAUAUCUCAUGCUGUGACAGUGGUAGAGGCAUCCUUCAAAUUGACUUAUCGGCAGAAAAAGGAUACUCUGGGACCGGUGUAAUAACAACAACAGGUAAACCAUGUGGAGUUAUCUUUGGUGGAUCCGAUUCCAAUAUUAUGGACGCGCUGUGCGAAUCUUACAACAAAUUUAUUCCCUUUGUCAAUAAUACAUUGAAGCAAUCAAUUCCUCCUUUGGAACAGAUUUGGCCCGAAUUGUAA